AUGAGCGUUGCAGCGGCCACAGGUGCCGUCAGCACGCAACAUCAUCAGCCAACUGCAGAACAAAUUCGUCUGGCUCAAUUAAUUGAUGAUAAGAAACAUGAUCAACCAGAAGUACAAGACAUUGUUCGAAAAGUUCUCGAUGUUGUUGCCAAUUCCAAUCAAGAAGAUGCUUUAGUUGCUUUAUUCGAUUGUGAUUAUGACUAUGAAAGAACUGUUGCGUUACUUAUCGAAAAAGGCCAUGAUGUUGCUAGUGAAUGGCGGACAGCAACAAAUCAUAAGACGACGAAAAAACAACAGCAGAAGAUUGCAUCAACUAAAAAUGGACAUGCUGGAGAUGUAGAUGAAAAUGGAUAUCAACGAGAUGGUGCUUCUUAUCGAGGUAAAUCACGUGGUGGUCGAUCAAGAUUUCAGCAGCAACAGAAUGGAAAUGAUUCUCAAAACACUAAUCAACAGUCAAAUGAUAAUAGUGUAUCUCAAUAUAGGUCCCGGGGAGGAAGUGGUUAUCGAGGUCGCUAUCGUGGUAGUAAUCGAGGUGGUCAUCGUACGAAUGAUAGAAAUAAUCCGCAGCAACAUUAUGAGCAGCAAUCAUAUGAUCCAAAUGUUGAUACAUCACUACCGUCAGAUACGACACAACGCUCUACUGAUGUACCAUAUUCAAAUCGACGAGGAGGUGCUGCGGACAAUAAUAGACAACAACGACAAUGGGAUGUUGGCAAUUGGAAUGGUGAAACAAUGGUUUAUUCUAGAACAGCUAAAGAUAUUGAACAACCUUUGAAUUCCGAGGAUAAUCAUGUAUCGAAUGCAUUACAUUCUUCAUCAGGAGUAGCCAAUGGCCAAUCAUCGUUGAAAACGUCGUCGGUCAAUAAUGUUUCUGACCCAAAUACGUCACAAAAGUCCAAAACAGAAUUCGAUCCGAUAGAGGCGACACGUCAGAUUAAGAAUGUUAUUGGUAUCGGUCAAUUCCAACAGCAGCAACAUCAAAAUAAUGCAUUGCCCAAACCUCUAAUGGACAUAAAACCAUUGAUGAAUGAUCAACAAACAGGACAACAACAAAAGUCCAAUACAAUACCAUCGAAAUCAUUUGGUCAAACCAUGAACACAAAGGUGACGCCUCCUCCUUCUCAGCCGCAGCGUAUUCCGCACCAACCAGUGAUCUUUUCUGAUCGUUUUGAUGGUGGAAUGAACAAGAUUGACAUACAAUUUGGCAAUCUAACCGAAACGUUAGAAGACACACCAGCGCGCAAUCCACCAGUGUCAAUAUCACCGUCAUCAACAUCUGCAUUUUAUCAACGUUCAGAACCGAUCACAUCGAUGUCACAACAAAAUAAUACUUCAUCGACAUUUCACAGCUCUCAACGACCAACGACUUUGCAACACUCACAGGCUGAACAAUCUGCUUUUGCUUCACCAUUGCCACAUGCAAAUUCAACUCGUUCAUUUGAACAACAACCGGUGAUGAAUCAACAUCGUGUUUUACCACCACAGGUGCAACAUCCUCAACAACAACAACAACAGCAGCAGCAACCAUCAUCGAUGUCAAUGAAACCUGUCGUACCAACACCAUAUGCUGUACAUCCUUCACAACACCAAAUGAAUGCAUCUAAUGUGCUCUUACAAUCGCUACUUUUCCAUCAUCCACAACAGGAGUCUAUUCCAUUGGAUACUCCAUACGAUCCAACAACGUUUCAGUUAUCAUCAUUUGAUUUUAAUACACCAUAUUAUAUGGCAGCGAUGAGUCAACAACCACCACCACCGCAACAAACACAAGCGCGUUAUCUUGUUCAUCAACCAUCAUUACAACCUCAACAGCAGCAAUCACAGCAGCAGCAGCAGCAACAGCAGCAGCAGCAACAACAACAACAACAACAACAACAACAGCAGCAGCAACCGACAUCCAAUCGAUCGCAAACAUCCGCUAAUAACAAUGUUCAAGCAUCAACAAUGUCUAAUUCUUCAUCAUCACAUCCGUCUUCAUCGACGUCAAGCACAUUGCCUACAGCACCGAAGAAAGGACCUGCCGUUCCGCCAGGUAUCUUUCUAUCGGCAGCACCACCGACUCAACCAGUGUAUUCAACGGCAUAUUCAGCAGCAUACGGUAUUCCGCCAUCAGUCGGUGGACAGCAACAAACAGGUGCAACAACUUAUACAACGCCAUAUGACACCGAACAGUUAUUCACAAAUGCAUUCAUACAAUUGGCCGGUGCGCAACAGGCUCAAUCGCCUUCUGGUACAUAUGGAUCGGUCACACCACCUGUUCAACAUCAAAAUCAACAAACACAUAAUAAUAAUGAUAACAAAGGAAUGAAUUAUCGAGGACCAGUUAAUGAUGAUCUCGUUUUAUUACAACAAUAUCAACAAUUCAGUUUACAACAAAUGAACAGUCAACAACAAGGCCAACAAGCAGGAACACAUUCAACCGCUUCGCUAAGUUACUUUCUUGGUCAUCCACCAAAUGGACCAAGUUAUUCGCCAGGCCCUCCAAUUGUGUACGCACAACCAACUGCCGCCAUGCCACAGCAACAACAGCAAACGUCUAAACAACAGGGACAACACUAUAAUCAAACAAAUUCUUCAUCAGGUGCAGGCGUUAACGAUGAUUACUAUAGUCGCAAUUCAUCCAAUAACAAAGAUGCACGCUAUAUGUACACAAUGCCAACGCAGGCACAGCCGGUUCCAUCCCAUUCAGUUGGUCAACAAUCAGGCAUGAAUAAACAACAGCAACAACAACAACAACAACAACGUAAUGCGGGCAAUGUCUACAACAAUCAACAGCGUUCAUUUCAAUAA